GUGGUGCGCCUUUAAGGCCGCGCGGUGCGUGCCGGGAUGCGGUUGCCACGUUGCCUAGGGCCCAGCUGACGGGGUCGCCCCUCGUCACCUCCUCCUCUUCCUCCUCAUCACCACCACCAUCGUCCUCCUCCUCGUCGUCGUCGCUGUGGAUGAACUGACGAGCGGGCAGGGAGUCUCUCCUCCGUGCGGUUUUCUCCAUUCUCCACAAUGAAGCUGAAGGAGAUAGACAGGACGGCCAACCAGGCGUGGAGCCCUGCGGCCCAGCACCCCAUCUACCUGGCCACAGGAACCUCGGCGCAGCAGCUCGACGCCACUUUCAGCACCAAUGCGGCUCUCGAGGUCUUUGAGCUGGACCUGGCGGACUCCUCCACGGAUCUUAAGCUGCGCGGGACGCUCACCACGGAGAACAGGUACCACAAGCUGGUGUGGGGGGCACCCCUGCCAGGCGAGGAGGGCGCCGGCGUGGUGGUGGGCGGCAGCGACAACGGUGUGCUCAUCCUCUACGCGGCCGACAAGGUGCUGAGCGGCGACGCCGACGCAAUCAUCGGGGAGAACGACCGGCACACGGGGCCCGUGCGCGCCCUCGACUUCAACCCCUUCCAGGCCAACCUUCUGGCCUCUGGUGCAAAUGACUCGGAAAUCUACAUCUGGGACCUCAACAACUUUGGCACUCCCAUGACCCCUGGCUCAAAGUCACAGAUGCGAGAGCCGGCCGAGGAUGUGGUGUGCGUGGCGUGGAACCGGCAGGUGCAGCACAUCCUGGCGUCGGCCAGCCCCAGCGGCAAGGCGGUGGUAUGGGACCUGCGUAAGAACGAGCCCAUCAUCAAAGUCAGCGACCACAGCAACCGCAUGCGCUGCUCGGGCAUGGCGUGGCACCCGGACGUGGCGACGCAACUCGUGGUGUCGUCCGAGGACGACCGCAUGCCGGUCAUCCAAAUGUGGGACCUGCGCUUCGCCACGUCGCCCCUCAAGGUGCUCGAGAGUCACUCCAGGGGAAUUCUGGCCAUCGCCUGGUGCCAGGCGGACCCGGAGCUGCUGCUCAGCUGUGCCAAAGACAACCGGAUCCUGUGCUGGAACCCCAACACCGGCGAGGUGGUGUACGAGCUGCCCACCAGCACGCAAUGGUGCUUCGACAUCCAGUGGUGUCCGCGCAACCCCGCCCUGCUGUCGGCCGCCUCCUUCGACGGCCGCAUCGGCAUCUACUCGGUGAUGGGUGGCAGCAUGGCCGCCCAGACACAGAGCCAGGCAGACAAGAUCUCGUCGUCGUUUGGGAACCUGGAUCCGUUUGGCACGGGGCAACCGCUGCCGCCGCUGCAGCUGCCACCGCAGUCUCCGACAACGCAGAGCACCUUCAUCCCGCCGCUCAAGAGGCCCCCGCGUUGGAUCCGCCGCCCUGUGGGUGCCUGCUUCGCCUUUGGGGGAAAGCUUGUCACGUUCGGCAGCGAGAAGGCAGCUCCGGCCGGGAGCGUGGCUGGGCCGCGGCAGGUGUUUGUCAGCCAGGUGGUGACCGAGACGGCUCUGCUGCGCCGCUCCGACGAGCUGCAGGGGGCGCUGCGCUCCGGCCGCUGCCUCGACUACUGCGUGGCGCGUGCCGCCGCAGCACACAACGACUUUGAGAGGAGCGUCUGGAAUUUCCUCAAGGUUAAUUUUGAGCAGGAGCCACGCACGCACUGCCUGAAGCUGCUGGGGUACAGUGCGGAUGAGCUCGACGCCAAGAUUUCAGCUAUCCUGAGAGAGGAGACGAGCCCUGACCCUGACCAGAAUGCAACCGAAGGUAGCGUCAAGAGCGUGGACGAUCUGGAGGACGAGGCCCUCGACAAGGAGGACGAGGUGGAGAGCUUUCCCCCAGGCAUUCCAGCUGCGCCCCAAGAGGCCACUGCCACCACCACCACCAGCGAUGGCUCCUUCAAAGUCUCCACCACGGCCGACGUGGACGGCCUCAUCAGUCAGGCGCUGCUGCUGGGAAACUUUGAGCGAGCGGUGGAGCUGUGCCUGCACGACGGGCGCAUGGCGGACGCAGUCAUCCUGUCCAUCUCCGGCGGGUCUGAGCUGCUCGCCAGCACCCAGAAGAAAUACUUUGCGCGCAGCCAGAACAAGAUCUCUCGGCUGGUGUCUGCGGUGGUGUCGCGCGACUGGGAGGACAUUGCUCGCUCAUGUGACCUUGACAACUGGAAGGAGGCCUUGGCCGCUCUGCUCACCUAUGCCAAACCGCACGAGUUCCCGGCCUUGUGUGACACGCUGGGCUCGCGUAUGGAGCAGGAAGGCGACGAGACGUUGUGCGCCCAAGCCUGCCUGUGCUACAUCUGCGCCGGCAAUGUGGAGAAGCUGGUGGCGUGCUGGGACCGAACCCACGACACCAGCUCCGGGCUGGCCCUUCAGGACCUGAUCGAGAAGGUGAUGGUGAUGCGGCAGUCGAUGGAGGCGUGCGGCACUCGCGAGGCGGCCACGGGACAGGCGCUCGCUGACAAGCUGGCGCACUACGCGGGCCUGCUGGCGGCGCAGGGCAGCCUCGCCGCUGCCAUGAGCUACCUGCCCGAGAGUGCCACCGAGAGCCAAGUGGUGGCGCUGCGGGACCGGCUGUACCACGCCCAGCAGGAGGUUGCCGGUGCCCAGGCAGCGCCGCCAUUCCCUUACACCCGUGCCGAGCUGACCAAGCCACAGCAAAAGCAGCAGCAGCAGUAUGUUCAGCCUGGGGUUCAACAGCCGCAGCAGCAGCAACUGCAGCAGCAGCAACUGCAGCAGCAGCAACUGCAGCAGCAGCCACAGCAUCAUCAUCACCAGCAGCAGCACCAGCCGCAGCCAGCUAUGAAACACCACUACCAUCCGCAGGUGCAACCGUCUGGCCAAGGCUACGCUGGCCAUUUGGCCCCACAUGCUGGCCCAGGAAUGCCAGGAAUGCAGGCCGGUCCCGGCGUGGCCUCCGUGGCCCCAAAUCCGCCGGGCCCAGGCUUGUUCACUCCGAUUUCCGCGCCGCUGCCGGCCGUGGGGCCCAUGCAGCCGCCACCACUGUCAUCUGCCGUGGGGCCUGGGGCAGGGCCGAACGCGUACUCGCGUGCCGCCGGGCCCAACCAGGCUUACCCACCACACCCCACCAUAACCGGCUUCCAGCAGCCGAUGCAGCAGCAACCGCUGCCGGCGCCGAUGCCGGGGCCGUCACCGCACGGCGUCCCCCACUUCCCCGGCCCGUCUUACCACCCGGCCCCCGCGCCGGCGCCCCCCCUCGGCCCCCAGUCCUCCUACCCCUCGGCCGUGCCGUCGGACCCCCAUGGCGGCGGCGCGAUGCACGCCCACCACCUGCCCGUCGGUGCCGCUCCCGGCGCCGUGGCAGGCCCCCAGCAGCACGGCUUCCCUGGACACCCAGGCCAGAUUUUCACUCCAGGAGCUCCUUACUCUAGCAUGGCCCCUGUUCCUCCUCCUGCUGCUGCUGCUGCUGCUGCUACUUUGCAGCAUGCAGCAGGCGUACAGGACGGCUGGAACGAUCCUCCGCCCUGCGUGAGGCAAGGCGGCCGCCGCAACAAGCUGCCGGAGAACUACGUGCCGCCGGCGCCCAUCACUGCGCCCGUGUUCGGCGUGGCCCCGCUGGAGCCCCAGGGUGGCGCUGCCCAGGCGUCCCACGCGCACGAGCCGAGCCAGGGCCCGCCCGGGGCCCCCACUGAGGCGUCUGUGCAGCCGCUGCAGUCGCUGCCUGCGGAGAAGAUCGUGAAGAAACCCAUCCCCGAGGAGCACGGGGUGCUCAAGGUGGUGUUUGACGGCCUCGUGCAGCGCUGCCUGUCCGCUUCCACGGACCCCCAAACGAAGAGGAAGCUGGACGAUGCGACGAAGCGGCUGGAAUACUUGUACGACAAACUCCGAGAGCAGACGCUGUCGCCGCACAUCUUGGCGGGCCUGCACGAGAUAGCGCGGCGCGUGGAGGCGCGCGACUACCCACAGGGCCUGGCCGUGCACACGCAGGUGGUGAGCAGCAGCAACUUCAGCGAGAUCUCCGCCUUCAUGCCCGUGCUCAAGGUCGUCGUGACCAUCGCCGGCAAGCUCAACAUUUAGGUGGCCUUGGGGGACGCGAGAGGAUCGGGGGGCCCCCCACGGCCUCGCCGACCAGGCCGGGUUUCAACGCUCUCCCCGAUCUUAGCCGGGAGGUGGCCGCCGCUCGCUCCGAUCUGUGGCCAGAACAACGUAGCCCGACCAUCUCGGCAUCUGUUCAUCGUGCGUGUGACCGGUGUGCGGUAGGCUUUGCGGCUGUCGUUGUUUGUGCGUGCUUGUGUGCGUGCGGUUGGUUUUGCAACAGUUUAGCAAUGUCGGUGUCUGCUCUCACCGCCUGCUUGGAACGAGUUAUCUGCAAAGGUCUGACCAGUUUGUGGCCAGCUCAUUUGGGCUUUUAAUCUCCUCAACACCAGUCCCGGACCUGCUCAAGUUCCACGUGGCCAGUUUCAGUGUCUCUAGCCAGCUCGACGAGCAGUGUUAGCCAUCGCCAUUACGGUGAGGCUAGCAGCUGUGUGACAAGGCCAACAUCUUUGCAUUCAAGUUACCAAAUUUCCACGUGUACAUUAAAAAAAAAAACGCUUAUAUUUAUGAAAUCUACCGUUGCGGGUGAACGACGGUGUGCUUGAUUCCAUCCUCGUGCACGGCAGCGUUUGGUUGUAAUUGCAGUCGGCGGUCGGAGCAGACUCUUCAGCGCAGACAGGCGCCACCUCACCUGGUGGAAAUUAAUGUUGGUCAUUUGAGUUGUUUUUUUGUCUCUGCACGAGUAGUUGCCUUGCCUGGCUGUCACCUUGUGAGCGCCGCUUGUCUGGCUGCGGUCUGUCUCGUGGCCAGCUUGGCAAAGAUCCACGUGGCUGGCUGCUGAUGAGAGCAGUCUAUGUUCAUCGCUCCCUCCCUGCCUCCCUCCCUCCCCUCCCUCGCCUCCCUCCCUCGCCUCCCUGCCUCCCUCCCUGCCUCCCUCGCCUCCCUGCCUCCCUCCCUGCCUCCCUCCCGUCACACCCAGUUGCUUUCUCCCCCAUUGCUCAGCAUUCCUCGUCGUCACUCCCCGACUCCAGUGCGCAAUUAGGUGGC